AUGAAGUCUUUCACCUCCAUCAUCCUCCUCGCAGCCCUCUCCACCAUUUCAAUGAGCAGUGUCGUUCCCUGUGAUGUUGCCCCCGCUUCUACAUGCACCAUCGAGUCUUCUCUCGCGAAUGCAAGUCCUCCACCCGCGUCGCUCGCGCACCCACUAUCGCUGCUUUACCCCAGGGCUAAAGAAAAUCAGGACGUUCACACUCGGGUCGUCAGUAGCUCAUGCCAAAAGUGCACUAAAGCUUUCAUCGACUGCACCAAGACUUGCCACGGCUCCUCGUGCCAGCGCAUCUGCCUCAGCGUUCAUGCUGAUGGAAAGCCGUGCAAGAAGACUUGUGGAUGGCCUUAG